AUGUCUUACUCACAGGCAUCUCAGUCCCAAUUUUCCUUCUGCGCCGAUUCAGAUCUAGGUCUGAAUACCGACCUCCUUUAUUCAGAUGAUAUCUCUGAGCUCAUUGGCAGUCAGGCUUCAUUGACAUCCACGUCCCGAAUUUCAUUUCCGAUUGCGCCCCUCUCGCUUACGCGUGUUGGCCUCCCUCUUCAACAGUACUGGGUCCUCUAUUCCUCCGAGCCUGGUAGCGAGAUGGAUGGAUCUCGUAAGCGCUUUAUAACGUGGUGGCUAAAUACAGAGUCUGGAUCAGCGCCCGAAAUACAAGACUCGAUCCGUUGGGAUGGGAAAAAGACAUCAAGUGUCUGGGAUAAUUUCAAUCAGGUUGCACAUGAGAAGACUGGCAAGCCAAAGGUUAUGUGUACAUCAUGUCUCUGUACCCUUGUUCAUCCAAGCUAUCGCCGUGCUGGGUCAUCGCCAAUGAAUGCACAUAUUAAGGCAGGCACUUGUACUCGGAAGCCAGUUACCCAGAGGAUCGAUCAGCUACUCAAACAUAUGCCAACUAUCCCUAGACACCAACCCUUCUCCCAGGAGCGUCUGGUGAAAGCGAUACUAGACUUCAUUUCUACAGCUCACCUACCCUUCCGAAUCGUUGAACACACCCAAUUCAAAGAUCUAGUAGAGAUUAUUCAACAAGCCCACAGCAAGAUCGAUAUACCAUCCGCGCGAAGCAUACGACGUUAUCUUGAUUCUGCAGUCAGAAGUGACCAGAAGGGGGUUCUGAAAAGGCUUCCAGAUGGGAGUCGCCUCUCACUAGCGCUUGAUUGCUGGACAUCGCCAUUUCAGCAAGCUUUCAUGGCCAUCACAGGUUACUUCCUUGAUCAGGACUGGAAUUACUGUGAAGUUCUUCUUGGGUUUGAGCAUCUUCAUGGAUCUCAUACUGGUGAAAAUCUGAGCAAGACCGUAAUCCAGCUUCUAACUGAUCAUGGAAUCACUGAUCGUGUGUUAUCUGUGACAACAGAUAAUGCAACGAAUAACAAUACCUUGAUGAUGAACAUCCAAGAGACUAUCCAGUCGCAAAGCCAAUCAGAUACCUUGAUUUUCCGAGUUCCAUGUAUUGCGCAUGUGAUUCAAUUAAGCUUGAAUGAGCUUCUUGGGAAGCUAAAGGUGACACCACCUAACAAAGAGAUUGAACUAGAGUGGUCUGAUGAGCGGACCCAUUCAUUUCAGACCAAAAGAUCUAGCUCAACUCGGCAAAUUGCAGAUACCUCAAAGAAGAUCCGAGGUCUUGCGGUCUUCAUCAAUGCAAGCCCACAACGCCGGGAGGCAUUUAUGGCUCUACAAACUAAGGAGCCUCGUUUAGUUCCUGUUCAAGAUGUCCAAACCCGAUGGAACUCGACCUUUAUCAUGCUGAAUCGGGCCAAAAGGCUACAACCAUUCUAUGAUCAGUAUUGUAUAGACCAUCAGUAUCUUCACUUCAAACUUGAUCAAGAAGAGUGGCGACAGAUUGAAUACCUUCUUCUUCUCACAAAGCCUUUCUUCGACUUCACAAAUAUGUUGUCUAAGACUAAGGAUGUUACUACACAUAACAUCUAUAGUAUUUACAACAAGCUUUUCUCUCAUCUUGAUGAAGCUGAGAGUAAGUUGAAGAAUAAAGGUGUUGUCUGGAAGAAGCACAUGCUCGAAGCUCUUCAGACUGCUAAACGGAAGCUCUCAAAGUACUACACUGCGACCGAUUAUGAAUCAUAUGGUGAUGUCUAUGCACUCGCGACAAUCCUUUGCCCAUCAAAAAAACUUCGAUAUUUUGCAUCAUCAGACUGGCAAGGUGAAAUUAACUAUGUUGAUCACUAUCAUGGAGUUCUUAAGCGAGAGUUUGAUCGAUAUAAAGAGACACUUCACCAUGAUUCAAACAAUACAGUCUUACAAGAUACCACUAAAGAGGCCCUGGAUGAUGAUUAUGGUGAUCUUGAUGCUGCUUGUGCUUCUCAGAGCCAGCCACAGCAUAGGCUCUUAAAGCCCGAAGAUGAUGAGAUUGCGAGGUAUCUUGCCCGCGGGAUCGAGGGUCAGAAGCCUAGAGCAUUCUGGAAAGACCAUGAGCAUGAGUUUCCUAUUCUUGCGAGGAUAGCACGGGAUAAUCUCUCAAUCCCAGCUAGUGGCGCAGGCGUUGAGCGAUUAUUUAAUUGCGCUCGCGAUAUGUGCCACUAUCGUCGCGGGCAAUUGAAACCAAGUACCAUCCGAGGACUGAUGCUUCAUCAAUUCGCCACUAACUUUGACGUUGAGCAGAAGGAGAUAGAGGUUAUCAAGGAGUAUCUAUCCAUUGGAGAAGCUGCGUUGUUAGAUCAAGCUUGGAAACCAAUGCCCCAGCUUGAAACACUUGAGCCAAUUAGUGAUAACGAAGAGGAGGAUCAAGAGCCUAGCAUAGAGGAUACACAACAGAUAGAGAGCUGCGAUGAUGAUUUGGGUAGUGGGAAGAAUAAUGAUCAAAGUAAGCAACUGCAGCGCAAACGAUCAAAGAAACGAUCAUCCGAAUGUUUUGAUAACGAUGACGAUGACCUUCCAGAAAUGCCAAUAGAUGAGGGCAUGCAGGGACGGUCGGGGCGAAUUCGGAAGCAACCUAGGUUACCUGAUGGAUUUCAGAUUGAUUUAAGGUAG